AUGACUCCAAGUGUUCUGCAAUUGAAAGAAGAUACUAAUGAAAAUUUGCUAGGUGCAGCUUGUUUUCUGCAGCUGACUGAAGUCAUUGAAGUCUGCUCCAAUUUUCUUAUAAAGCAGCUCCAUCCUUCAAACUGCUUAGGGAUUCUGUCAUUUGGAGAUGCCCAGGGCUGCACAGAGCUCCUGAGAUUGGCACAUAAGUACACAAUGGAACACUUCAUCGAGGUAAUAAAGAAUGAAGAAUCCCUGCUUCCAGCUAAUGGGAUUUCCAAGCUUCUAGGCAGUGAUGACGUUAAUGUGCCUGAUGAAGAAACCAUUUUCAAUGCUGUCAUGCAGUGGGUGGGUUACGAUGUGCAGGCGAGGAAGCAAGACCUGCCAGUGCUGCUCUCUUACAUCAGACUGCCCUUACUUCCACCACAGUUAUUGGUGGAUCUUGAAGAAAGCCCCGUGUUUAGUGCUGAUCUACAGUGCCAGAAACUCCUGAUAGAAGCUAUGAAGUAUCAUCUCUUACCUGAGAGAAAACACAUGCUGCAAAGCCCUCGGACCAAGCCUAGAAAAUCGACUGUGGGGGUGCUUUAUGCUUUGGGAUGCAAGGACGCUAUGAAAGGUACCCAUACAAUUGAAAAAUAUGAACUCAGGACCAACAGCUGGCAACAUAGUAGCACCAUGAGUAGCCUUAGGCUUCAGUUUGGGGUUGCAGUUAUUGAUAAUAAGCUCUAUGUUCUCAGAGGAGUAGAGAAUUUUAAAACUUUAAAUACUGUGGAAUGUUUUGGUCCAGCUAGCAAAAUCUGGACUGUGAUGCCUCCCAUGUCAACACCGAGGCAUGGCUUAAGUGUAGCAACACUUGAAGGACCAAUGUAUGCUGUUGGUGGUCAUGAUGGGUCGAAUUAUCUAUAUACUGUUGAAAGAUGGGAUCCUGAGGGAUGUCAGUGGACUUAUGUGGCCAGUAUGUCAAUUCCUAGAAGCUCAGCUGGCAUUUCAUUAAAUGGCAAGAUAUACGCUAUUGGUGGACGUGAUGGACGUUUCUGCCUUAAAUCAAUGAAAUACUUUGACCCACACAACAAAUGGAGUCUGUGUGCUUCAAUGUCUAAAAGGCAUUGACAUGUGGGAGCUGCAACAUAUAAUGGAUUCUUAUAUGUUGUUGGGGGUCAUGAUUCUUCUGCUUCUAGCCAAUGCACCAGCUUUUCUAACCGUGUGGAACUGUAUGAUCCAAAAACUGAUUCGUGAUCAACUGUGGCACCUCUGGGUGUUCCUCGAGUUGCUGGUGUUGUAUGACCCCUUGGAGACAGGCUCUAUGUGGUUGGAGGAUAUGAUGGACAUACUUAUUUGAAUGCUGUUGAGUCAUAUGAUGCCCAGAAAGAUGAAUGGAGGGAGGAAGCUCUUGUCAACAUUGGAAGAGCGGGUGCAUGUGUGGUGGUGAUAAAGCUACCAUAA